UUCGCCCCGUUACUUUAGCAAACCGAACCCAGAGCUGCAGGCGGCCGCGAGGGGCCGGUGCCCGGGAAGGCGCAGGUGCCGGCGGCGGCGUUCCAGAGCGGCGCGAGAGCCGCUGGGUCGCUCUGUACGUGCUGCCUCUUCCUGACUCAGAUAUCUGUUUAAUACCUGCUUUCGGCAGAUAUCCGACCUUCACCUGAGCAGGUUUCAUGACCCAGGCAGAGCUGCAGACUUAGAAAAGUUCUGUUCUGAAACUAUUGACAUCAUUCAACCAGCUCUCGUCCUAGCAACAGGAGAUCUGACAGAUGCCAAAACAAAGGACCUGUUGGGAUCUAUGCAGCAGAAGGUAGAAUGGCAAACUUACCACAGUAUUCUGAAGAAGACAAGGGUCAUGGAAAAAACCAAAUGGCUUGAUGUCAAAGGAAAUCAUGAUUCAUUCAAUGUUCCAAGUCUGGAGAGCGUCGAGAAUUAUUACAGGAAAUAUUCUGCCAUACGUACGGAUGGCUCUUUCCAUUAUGUUCACAGUACUCCCUUUGGAAACUAUUCUUUCAUCUCUGUGGAUGCCACCCUAAACCCAGGGCCUAAGAGGCCCUAUAAUUUCUUUGGAAUUUUAGAUGAGAAACAGAUGGAGGAGCUUUUAUUAUUGUCAAAGGAAAGUAAUCAGAGCAACCACACUAUUUGGUUUGGACACUAUACAACAUUUACUAUUCUUUCUCCAUCACCAGGAGUUCGGUCAAUAAUGAGUUCAGCUACAGCUUAUUUGUGUGGGCACCUCCAUACACUUGGUGGACUGAUGCCUGUUUUGCACACUCGUCACUACCAGGGCACUUUGGAACUUGAGGUGGGAGACUGGAAGAACAACAGAAGGUACCGCAUCUUUGCUUUUGAUCAUGACCUCUUUAGCUUUUCAGAUUUGAUCUUUGGCGAGUGGCCUGUGAUACUUAUCACCAAUCCUAAGUCGCUCCUCUAUAGUUCUAAACAUGAACCACUAGAAAGACUCCUUCACUCAACACACAUCAGAGUCUUGGCCUUUUCCUCAUCCUCCAUUACUUCUGUCACUGUUAAGAUCGAUGGAGUUCAUUUAGGGGAAGCUACUCAUUUGUCUGGUCCUAUUUUCACACUGAAGUGGAACCCAAGGAACUACAUUAAUAGUACACAUAAUAUAGAAGUAAUUGUCCAGGAUUCUGCUGGAAGAAGUAAGAGUGUUCACCACAUAUUUUCUCUUCAAGAGGAUAAUCAGCUCAGAUUUGACCCUCUAGUAUCUUUUAUUCUUCUUACAGAUCACUGCAUGGUGGCCCGGGUCCUGUUUGUGCUGAUUGUGCUGAUCCAGCUCUUCGUUCUCAUUAUUUACAGGCAUCAAAGAUAUCUAGAGCUUAAAGGACCUCCAGGAUUUAUAAAUUUGACCUCAUUUUCCCUUCAUGUCUUGAGCAAAAUAAACAUCUUCUACUAUUUUGUCUUGUUCCUGACUUUAUAUACAGUGCUGGUUGGCAUUUUUCAACAUCCCCUUGAUGGCUUACCUGUGUUGGAGCUUGCUGCAGCGGUGCUAUGGUCACAACUUCAGGUCUCAUCUCCGUCAAGGAAAAUACUUGAAAAUUAUUCCUGUUUACCUUCUUGUGUCACUGCUGUACAUCUGGCAGAUUUAUGCCUGCUACUUUCUUCAGAGGACAUAUGGCACUCUAGCUUUUUUCUUCUCCCCUUUGCGGACCUGGUUGACACUGUUGACACCUGUUCUCAUUCAUCGUGUAUGGACACUGAACUCCAGGGAGCUUGUAACCUUUACAGUGCAGUUAAAAAGCCACCUGAGCUCCUGAAGGCCAUGUCUCACCAUCCACCUCUGUCGCCCAGGCCUCUGCCCCAGCAGCGGGUGGAAGGCCAAUCCUGGUGGGCAAGCUUCAGGGAGCUGCUGCUCCUUGGCUGCCUAGGGGUUGGGGUGAUUACCCACUACUGACUCCUGCAGAAUGGACUUGCAGAGGAGUCUCUAAAUGAUGCUAUGAUUCCUUCCUUCCCCAAGAAGGCAAAGGGUUGAUUUGCUUCUGUGAAGGGCAGAGGACGGGGGCUGGGUGUGUAUGGGUGUAUCUGAGGCCCAGUGUGUUUUUAGGGCUAACUCAUGUAAAGUACCGAGCACAGUGUCUGGAACUCAGCAGUCAAGGGUGCCACUUUAGAGUCGGAGAACCGGUGUGAACUUGGACCUGACCCUGACUACCCUUGCACUAUUAGCUCUCAGUCUGCUUUAACCGCAGGCUGGGCCUCUGCUGCUUCAAUGUGGGGGAGGGGGAGUUUCAAUCAAUCAAAUACAGUAAAUGAAUGACAAUAGGAAAUAACUCGUCCCAGCCGGUGUGGCCCAGCUGGUUAUCCUGUGCACCAAGAAGUCCUGGGUGGAAUUCCCAGUUGGGCACAUGCCCCGGUUGCAGACUCCAUCCCCAGUAGGGGGCAUGCAGGAGGCAGCCAAUGGAUGUUUCUAUCUGUCCCUCGCUCUUCCUCUCUCUCUCUCUAAAA